GGGAGAAAGCUUUCUCCUUAGUUCCCUUUGGAAUUUUGAUCAAAAACCUCAAAUUCAGCAAAGAUUGGUGGGUUUAAAGCUGUGUAGGAUUCCAAAACCAUGAAGAAAAGGCUGGUGGUGGUGAAGAAGAGUGAUGGCUCUAGCGGCCGACGAAACCAUAACCGGUCCAGUUCUGGAUCGGUGGUACGCUACGCCGAGUGCCAGAAGAAUCAUGCGGCAAAGCUCGGGGGGUUUGCGGUGGACGGUUGCCGGGAGUUCAUGGCCAGAGGAGAGGAUGGGACUGAGGAGGCUCUCAAUUGUGCUGCUUGUGGUUGCCAUAGGAAUUUUCAUAGAAGGGAGGUGGAUGCUGAAGUUGUUUUUGAGUAUUCUCCUCCAAACUCCAAUUAAUUAUCAUGGAAUUGAAAGGAUCAUCAAUCAUCAUCAAACUUCAAAUUGACUAAAAGGGUUUGUUUUUAUAUAUAAGAUUUUCUAUGCUAUGGUUUUUUAUUUUUGGUUUGCAUUUUGAUUUUGUAAAUCUGAUCAGUAACCAAACAUCAUGGAUUAUUGGGGAGGAAAAAUUAGAAAGGAAACAAAAAAAACAGUAAUAAUCAAAUUUUAGUUUGCUUUUAGUUUUGUUAUUGCUUAAUUUCCUUCAAGAAUAUAUUGAUCAAGGAUCAAGGGUUUCUCUCUUUAUUACAUGACUCAAAU